GAGGGUUUUUGCUCCUAGCAAUCGGCAUGGCUGGGUUGAGGGUCGGCUGUAGCUGUUUUUAAAGCAUAGUAGGCCGUAAAAUAAAUAUUUAUCAUGCCCGAAACUAAAUUAUCUAAUAUAUAAAGCUUUUAAAAGCGAGUAAUGUUAAGCUAAGUGCUCCAGGACGUAACUUUUACGGACUCAUCACCGGUGUCUUCGCCAGGAAUUUCAGUACCGUUUUUACAUCCACAUUAGCAAGUGGCCUCAUCAUCCAGUUGCCAUGGCAGCAUAAGGGACCAGAAUGACUCGUACAGAGUCACAAAGGUCAGGCGUGAUUUACGAGAUGGUGUAUGAACACUCCCAGCUGUCUUGGACUGCGAUUGAAUUUUGACUCGAGGAGUCGGCCAGGGCGGCCCCCAACUGCUAGUGUGGACUCUGCUGCCCUGGACUCUAUGGCCAAGUCUGAAAUUCCAAGCAUCGUGGUCCACAGUGGGGGCGGAGCCUCAUCCAACGGGGUGGGAGGAGCUCCCGCCUCCCUUUGCUCAUCUCCCCCAGAAAGCACCCCUCGGAUGGGUCGCCUGGCCAAGCAGGAAGAGGUGGACAUCGAGGAACCGACCUCCAUUCCUGUCACCAUCUGCGUCGAUGAAGAAGCCUCGCAGAAGGAGGAGGAAGGCUCUUCUCGUGCCAGCUCAUCGCAGAGGCUGAGGCUACUGGUGAGGAGCCAGGCGGUGCGCGACGAUACGUCCCCACCGCUGGAUCCUGAGGGGGGACAACGGAUGCUUUCGGUUCAGGACCAAGCAAAAACACUGUCCGGAAAGCAUGGGGACCGUCUUGGCACAGGAGGAAGCAGUCCUCAGGGCAGCUUGGAAGGAUCCUCACCCAGCCUUUCCAGAGAUUCUAGCACAGAAACGUACACAGAUUCUACAGGCAUCGACCUGGAACAGUUCAUCGUAGAGACACUGCACAAGAACCACAAGGACCGUGUAAUGAUGCUCAAGAUAGAGCAGGACCUCAUCAACUUCAUCAAGGAUGCCAAGCGACCGUCGCACAAAUUCCAGCAGAUGAGCUCCUACCACCGCAUGCUCGUGCAUCGAGUGGCAGCCUACUUUGGACUGGACCACAACGUAGACCAGAGUGGAACCUCCGUCAUUGUCAACAAGACUCGCAAUACCCGCCUACCUGACGUGCGGUUCAAAGACCAGAUCCGGGAGGAUCUCCUGCAGGAGGAACCGAAAAAGUCCAUCUUGAAACGGGACAGCACUUCUUUUGAAGACGGCAAAGAGAAGAGCCCGGAGCGUCAGUCGUCGACGGACUCCCGCCGGAGCAAGUCCAUCGAGCAGCGCGAGGAGGAGUAUGAGAAGGCCCGCGCACGCAUCUUCAACCAAGAUGAGGGUGUUGGCGGAUCGCCGUUGAGCCGCAGCAGCCAGGAAGAUCUCAGGUGGAGCACCGAGCUGCGGCCGUGGAGCAGUACGGACUCGGAUAGCUCCGGGAGGCGGGGACCUCUGCUCGCCGGACUCGAUCCGGAGGGGUGUGACAGUACAAAGGGCAAGAUGUACUCUCUGCUGACAAAGGACACUGGUGAGGGACCUCGACUGGGAAAGGUGACCAAGGCGAGCAGCUUUGGAGGGGUGUCGGUGCUCCACAGGGAUUCCAGCCUCAACGAGGCACGAACGGCAGCUUUCCGCACUGCCAGGGCUGAAUCCUUCAAUGUGAGCUCGCUUCCGACGGUAGUCCAGGCCCCACAACAGCAGCCAACGUCUCCUAUCAGCACGACGGUACAGUCAACACCCACGCCCACUGCACCCCCAUGUACAGCCCAACAGGUACCGUUUACACCGAGAGAACCGAGCCGGCCAGGCGGAUCUCCCGUCAAUUAUUCCUCAGCAACGGGUGGUGCCCCCUUGUGGUCAGUUGACCCACCACAACCCAGCAGCAUCCUUUACAAUCCACAGACAGGAACGCAAGCACUGUCUUCAGAAGCUCCCGGAGGCCGACCCAUUCGAGUUGCAAGCUCACCCCUGACUGGCCACCCCCCUGCCCUGAUGUUGAGUCCCGUGCAUCCUGGCAACUACAUGGCUGCACCUCCUCCAAGGGCCCCACUUGUCUAUCUCCCCUUCCUGCCUCACAACGAAGGACCUGACAUGGACUGCGGUGGUGUGAUGGCGGAACAGCUGACAUCUUUGUCCCUGAUUCCUUCGGAUCCUCCUCAACAGCAUCUACCACCACCAGAGGUUGGAGCCGCUAGUGGUGGCUACUUGGUUCAUCCUAUCAGGGGAUUUGUUGCUCCACACCAGGGUCCCAUGUAUUAUGUGCAGCAGGCAGUGCCAACGUCCUGCGCCGCCCGUGGCUACGUCUCUCCUUCGGUGCCUCCACCCAUGACAGCAGAGGCCUUUCUGGGUGGCCAGCCUUCUGUGGCAGGAGGCAAUCCAGGUCCCAUGGUAGCCAGCGGGUACCGCAUGCAAGGUUACUACCAGCAGCAGCCAGGGAGCAACCAGGUAGCCCCGCAGGGUGGGGACGCUCAAGUGUAUGCCGUGUCCUAUGCUGUGUCCUCUGGUGAGCCUGCUCCUCCAACUCUCUACCCUGGAGGCAUCUUGGUUGGAAAUCCUCCACAGGUGGUACCCAUGUACCUCACGCCACAUGGUACACCAGCUCAGCCUCCUGGAUCAGCACAAGGUUCUACGACACCGCAGUUCUCCCUACGGUACCUGCCCGUACGGCCACAGACCCCUCCAGCAGGUGGGGCUUCCCCACCUCUCUUGGGCUACACACUCUACUCAACGCCCCCAGCUCAGAACUCUGCCCCUCCGCAGCCACCUCAGUUUGCACCAGUCAUCACCGCGUUCCAGGUUCUCCGACCUUCCCUUAUGGGCGAAGGCUCAUCCCAGGUCCCCACGGCGCUCCCUUCUCAGUUCUCCCAGAUGACUAAGCCCAUGGGGGUUCAACCCCCACAAAACAGCCAGCCAUUUGGAAAACCAGCUGAGGCAUUUCCUGCAGUUUGUGCAUCCCAUCAACAACGAUAUACAACCUGCCAGACUCUGUCAAACAGACGACACGUUGGACACUACACGGCAGCAGAACUCUACCAAGUGAUGCCGGAGGACAACCAGCAGUCCGGGGCUCCGCCUUUGUCCGCUGUUUAUCGGAGAGCACUUCCACUACUUCCAGACGUACGUCUUCUGGGCCACCCGCUACAGCAGCUUCGCCAACUUCCCCCAACGAGGUUCCCCCCACCACCUCCUCCUCCUAGUCAGUGUGUCCCCAAGAUGGGAGGUCGAAAGCAGCGCAACACCCGGACAGCCAAUCGGACGCAACACGCCUCUAGUCAACCGCCAAACAGUGCAGGGGCUCCCCCCUUGAAUGUCCUCCAAGUGGAAGGUCUCCCCGAAUCCCUGAAGCCCCACGAAGUGGAGAGGUUCCUGGAGCCCUUUGUGUCCGCAACAGGGGCGCACCUCCACUUUGCCAGUGCAGGAACGCGAGGGGUGCAGGUGUUGGCUGUGUUUGACUCUGCGUCUGCCGCACAGGGGGCACUGCUGGCGGGACCCAAUAUUCCCAACGUCUGCCUACGACCCCUCUCCUCGUCACCCUCUCUACUGCCCCACCAUCCCCCGAGCUAACUGAAAAGCUAUUUUUGUACAGAGGGGGGUCUCUGUUGAGCUGGGAUAGUCUAACUGCCAUCAAACCAUGUUGACCAAAAUGGUGUUAAAAAAAACACAAAAAAAACGUCAAGUAGUAGCGUACCCGCUCGAAAAAUAUGUGUCUACCCAUUUUCUGUCUCGGUCAACCUCGGACGAGCCAGGUGGGAAAGCGUUCGAUUAAAAGAUUGGUGGCCAGAAGUUGUUUCGGCAUAUCGAGCAGUUAACGUGGGAAUUUGGAAAAGGUGCCAAGGAGAAGAGAGAGGGUAGUAGCCAGUUGAUGGAACAUCUGUGAGAGUGCAGCGUGAUGAUGGUCUGACUGUCUUCCUGGAGGAGGUCUUCUUCUUCCGCAAAAGAAAACAUUUUUUUGGAUGUGUACAAAAUAAAGGGGAAGAUGAAAAUAGUGGCAAUUCCAGCCGCACUUUCAUA